UCAUCUCCAUCCCUCUCCCCCUUCUCCUCCCACAUCUCUCUCAGGCUCUCUGCCCACACACCAUGUGUGCCCACAUUUCCCUAAAUAGGUCUCUCUCUCCUGCGUCAAUCCCCUCCUCACUGCCUACCCGCUCCUCCUAGCAGCGCGAGCGCGCCGACGACGACGGACCAGGAGCCCCGUGCGCACGGCCGCGGCGGAGUGGAAGCUUUCUGCAGCGCGGCGAAGCGAAGCGAGCUAGGAUGAUGGGCGCGCAGGCCAACGCCGGCGACUGCGGGGAGUACGCGGAGGUCGAUCCCACCGGCCGGUACGGACGGUACAACGAUGUUCUUGGCAAGGGCGCGUCCAAGACCGUGUACAGGGCGUUCGACGAGUACCAGGGGAUGGAGGUGGCAUGGAACCAGGUGAAGCUGCACGACUUCCUGCAGAGCCCCGAGGACCUGGAGCGGCUCUACUGCGAGAUCCACCUCCUCAAGACGCUCAAGCACAGGAACAUCAUGAAGUUCUACACCUCCUGGGUCGACGUCUCCGGCCGCAACAUCAACUUCAUCACCGAGAUGUUCACCUCCGGCACCCUCCGCCAGUAUAGGCAGAGGCACCGGAAGGUGAACAUAUGGGCCGUGAAGCACUGGUGCCGGCAGAUCCUCAGCGGCCUGCUGUACCUGCACAGCCACGACCCGCCCAUCAUCCACCGGGACCUCAAGUGUGACAACAUCUUUGUGAACGGUAACCAGGGUGAGGUCAAGAUCGGCGACCUUGGCCUCGCCGCCAUCCUUCGCAAGUCUCAUGCUGUCCACUGUGUAGGUACGCCGGAGUUCAUGGCGCCGGAGGUGUACGAGGAGGAGUACAACGAGCUGGUGGACAUAUACUCGUUCGGGAUGUGCGUGCUUGAGAUGGUCACCUUUGAGUACCCGUACAGCGAGUGCACGCAUCCGGUGCAGAUCUACAAGAAAGUGAUCUCUGGUACUAAGCCGGAAGCUCUGUACAAGGUGAAAGAUCCAAUGGUGAGGCAAUUUGUCGAGAAGUGUCUGACCACUGCAUCCCGGAGGCUCCCAGCGAGAGAGCUGCUCAAUGACCCCUUCCUACGCAUUGAUGACAUGGCUCUAUGUUCUGGGGAUGGGGAUUACAGCCUGUUGAACAAUUAUCUGCGGCAGCCUUAUUUAGGGCAUGCUUAUAGUAAUGGGUCCAUGAUGAGUAAUGGGUUCUCUGAAAGCAUUGACGAAGAUACACCGACGGAAGAUAGAUGGGAUUGUGAAGACGACGGCUCUAAAGCUGAUGGCAUUGAAUUGUUCAACGGGCACGAAGAUGAGCCUCUUGGCACUGUGGAUAUCACAAUCAAAGGGAGAAAAAGUGAGGAUGGAGGAAUCUUCCUCAGAUUACGAAUUACAGAUGAUGAUGGACGGGUACGGAACAUCUAUUUUCCGUUUGACAUUGAGGCAGAUACUGCAUUAAGUGUUGCAACUGAGAUGGUAGGUGAGCUGGAUAUAACUGACCAUGAGGUUACUCGAAUCGCCGAGAUGAUCGAUGGUGAGGUUAGUGCAUUGGUGCCAGAUUGGACGGCAGGUCCAGGCAUAGAGGAAGCUCCAGACAGCACAUACUGCCAUAACUGCGGGUCCAAUGUGUCAUCUUGUGGUUCACUUUUUGACUACAUGUCGUCGGGUACUCGGGGUUGCCGAUGUGCAGAGCUACAUGGGCGGUUUGAGGAGAUUACGUUCCAACCCGAUGAAGAGCAAUCUGGUUUGCAGGACUCCGGAGGCAGCUCUGAUGAUGUAGGCAAUCAAAAGGAGCAACAUAUCAAAGACAAGGAAUCCAUACGCAUCAAUGGGUUUCCAAAGAUGGGUAGAAGAGGUCCUUCUGAUCGCCUUUGCUUCAGUUCAUUCCAAGAGCAGUCCUGCUCAACUAAUCAUUAUGAGAGCGAUAUCGAUCAUCCAACGAAAGGGUUCGACAUAAAGCAUGAAGUAAAGAUGGCCAAGUACAAAGCCCGGAAAAUGGCGCACUUGAGGAGAGCUAUUCAUCCAUCUCUGGACUUCGACAACUCAAACGGGGCAAGUAGGAUGAAACCUACACUGAGCAAGUUAGAAUCUUUCCAUUUAGGCAAGCAUAACAAUUUCCGCGUACCGACCUGCCAGCGAACGUCCAACCAGCACUCGGACAUGAACAAUCAAGCGUGCCAGAGCAGACACCCGGAUUGUUUGUUCACAGCAAGAAGCUAUUAUUCUGGAGCUCAGUUGCCGCCAAACCUCCCAAGAACAAAAUCUGUACCGCUGAGUGCUGUCGAUGCCUGAGAUGCUUUCUCGGCGUGUAAAUUCUAUAGAGGAUUGUACAUUCCUUUCGUUCUUUCUGUAUGGGAUAUAAAUAUAGUUGGUAGGCAAGAGACCGGAAAUCUGGAAUGUGGCUGUGGAUUAAGCCUUGGCUGUAAACUUGCUUAUGCCUUGUCAAUCUAGAGGAGCCAAUGCUAGGCUGUUGAGUGCAUUCUGCUUCA